AUGUAAUAAGUUAACGCUGUAAAGUAGCAGAAAUAAGUAUCUGUGUUUUAAUAACCUUAAAAAGGUAAACAAGCCUAAAAAAAGAAUAAAUGGGAUGCUCAAAGCGAUCCGAAACAAGAGCAAUAAGAUUAAAACAAAUAAAAAUUAUAGACAGCUUCCGUAGUGUUGGAUAAAAAUAAACCUGAAUCAUAGCUUUCAAAAGGAACUUAAAUGAUGAAGGAAAGUUUAAAAUCAUCGCAAAAAUCUCAAACUCUGAGGAGUGAUAAAAAGCGAUUCACAUAGAACAGAACAACUCAAAACAAUUAGACUCUAAUUUUACUAUAGGAAAAUCAAAUUUAUGAGAAACCAGCGAGAGAUGAAGAGUCAGCAUCAGAACAGUAUAAUACCUAUAAUAUAGAAUAAGAGCACUCAAUGAUUAUUUUAAAUGAAGCAUUAACAAGAUAAGCAUCUAAAAAGGCAUUUGAGCAAUUAUUAAAAGAAAAUGAGUCAUAUAGAUUGGAUGCCUCCAAUUUUGGAGAUUGCAUCGAUGAAAGUUAAACUAACAAACAGUAAUAAACAAUAUAAAGGGAAGUAUAAGAUAAUUAGGAAGAUCUCAAGAAGUAAUUUCAAACAACUAAUGCAGAAGAAAAACCUGAGGAAUAGGAAGAAAAGGAGAAUAAUAUUUUGUUAAUGCUCCAUGAGAAUCUAUAUAAUGAAGAAAGUUAAAAUUAUAACAUCGAAUUGAAGGUGAACCAUAAUUUUAAAUGGUUAUUAAUGGAGAUAAAAUACUACUAGGACAAUAAUAAAUUGCUGUAUUUUAGGAAAAUAUUGUUUUUUAUUGUAGUUGGUUUUGAGAUUUGUUGUUAUCGUUUAUUGCAAUGGACAGCUUUUGAUCUUUAUGAAAUGUUUCUGACAUUAACGAAUAUCAUUUUGUUCCUCAAUAGAUCAUCUACUUAAUAAAAUGAAAUCUAAUCGUAUUAAUAUAUACUAUGUGCACUCUACUUCGCAGACUCAUUAAUUCAUUUGGCUGGUCAAGGAUUUAAAAAAUACAUCUCUUCAUUUUGGAAUAUUUAUGACUUAAUAAUUUUGAUAUUAUAUUUUCUAUUCCUUAUAGAAAAUGAUUACAUUCCUUUUGAUGUUUCAACCUUUAGAUUGAUAAGGAUUCCCUUUUAUGUUGGUAAGAUUAGCAGUACCUUAAACAUUAUGCUUAUGUCAAUCCAAGAGGCCGUAAAACAGAUAGUUGAAAAUAUAUUGAUUCUGAUAUUGUUCACAAUUCUCAUCGCUUUGAUUAUGUUGUAUGCAUUUAAUGGAGUCAUCAGAUAUCGUUGUAUGAAUGAGGAAUUGGGCAUAUUUUCAUUAGAGAAAUUUGAAGAAGAUGUGUGUGGCUAUGUUGAAUGUGAACAUGGAUAUAUUUGUGCUCGACAACUAAGUAAUUUAGAUACUCCAACUCAUUUUGAUGAUAUUAUUUUCUCUUAUUUCUAAACUAUCAGGACUAGUGUUGUGAAUGAUUGGACCAUCUCUAUGUACGUAUUAAUGAAAUAGUUUAAUCCCCUUGUUUGUAUCUUGUACAUUUUUAUCAUCUUCGCUAUCAAUAAGUUUUAUUUUCAAUUGUUGAUUGCAGUCCUAAAAGUAAGCUAUCACAAAACUUAAGAAUAUUAUGUUAAAAACCCUAUCAAACCUGAAUCUUACGAAGAUCAGAUUAGUGUAAAUCUAUAAAAAUUAAAGGCCAUUGGCAUGUGGUAGUACUACUAAAUAUCCUAUAAGAAUUAUUUAAAAGGGAAAUCUGGUAGAUUAAACAGUAAGUCAUUCUCAAACAAUUCUCAAGAUGAACCUCAUAUAAAAGGAUAAAAGCACAUAUUUCCCGAAACUGCUAAUUAAGAAAAAACAAAGUUGUUAUCAGCAAGAUAAAAAAAUGAAAUGAUAAAUGAAAGACAUUUAAUUUAACAAUAGUAUACAUUUGGUAGUUGGAUAAUUUACAUCCUCUUCCCAAAUCAUAAACUUCAAAAUUAAAUGAAAAUUAUAAUUUAAGCGAAUGAAAAUCACUUUAACGAACUCUAACUCUAUUACACUUUCUUAAGUAUUGAUUAUCUCAGUCUUAAUAAGUAAAUAAUUAAGGGAACUCCCAAUUAAUUCAAUUCUAUGGAAGAUUUAGAAAUAUAACCUAAAGCACCUAUACCCACACAAACCAAAGCCAAAACCAAAAAAAUUCCUAAAAUAUUUGCUACUUAAACUUAUGUAGUUGAUACACAAAAAGACCCAGUCAAGGAGAACUCAAAAAAAGAGGAGCAUCUAUUUCCAAUUAGAAGAUCGAAUUUCGCAAUGCAUUAUAAUUAGAUUCAAUAAGCCAAUGAGGAAAACAAUAUAUCAGUGAGAGAAUUGAGUGAAGAUGAAAUAAGUUCUAAUCUCGACCAAUCUAAACUUGAAAAAUACCCUUAAGAAAUAAUAUAAAUUAAAAAGGGAAAGAGCUUAAAGCAUAUGUAUUCCUAGAAAUUUCAAUAGAGCACCUAGUUUAGCAAAUCUAUACCCUAAUUAUCAAGAUACAUGUUAUUAGAUGGGAUAUAAUUACCUUAUCAAUAGAUAGAGAAGAUUAUAAAUGCGGAAUUGAAAGUAGAAACUUAAGAAAUUAAAGAUUACGAGCAAAAAUAUUACGAUUAAGAUUCUCAAAUAAUUGAGGGUUUUAUAGAAAAGAAAUGGUCAGGGAAUGAUCUAAUGAAAAAUUACAAGGCUAAUUCUGUGAUACAAGACUUAAAUAGAGGAUGGAAUUAUUAUUUUGCAAAAGGAUUUAUGUUUUAUUUAGAAUACAUUAAAUUCUAUCUAGGAAUUUUCAUUACUCAAUAAUUUGUUAUGGUAAUAAUCGAUAGUUUCGUAUGCAUUGAUACUUUACUCAUUGCAUUCUCAGAUUAUUAUGAUUCUGGUAUUUCAGAUUUCUUCGAUUUAUCAGUGAAUAUCUUAUUGGUAUUGGAGAUCCUCAUUAAAUCAAUAUGCAUAAAGGGUUAUUUAUACAAAGUGAGUAACAUUUUAGGGUGUUUGGUUAUCAUGAUUUCAGCCAUUGAAAGAAUUUUGACUCUCACAAUCUAUUAGGAUGAAGAGGUCUUAAUUGAAAGUUUCACCUACAUCAGAAUUUUGAAAUCAUUAUUCUUCUUUAGAGUCAUCAAAUACAAUACGUUUGCUCAAAAUAUGAUGGUGAUCUCAUAUUAGACAUUCCCUAAUUAUGCUAUGAUGACCUUGUUGUUAUUCUUUUUAAUAUUAAAUUAUGCUGUGUUUUCAUUGCAGAUCUUCAAUUUUCCAGAUAGUGGAGAAUUGGCAUUGUUUCAUUAUUUUGGUAACAUCUACUAAUCUUGGAUUGCAGUAUAUGACAUUUCAACAAGUGAUGACUGGUAUGGAGUAGUCAUACUAAGUACUUAAUAUAGUGCUUCAUACAUAGCAUUUCUAUUUUGUAUUUCAUUAGUAUUUAUAGUCAACUAUUUUGGAUUCGGCUUAGCAUUUGUUAUAAUUCUAGAUGGAUUUGCUAGUUAUUUAGAGAAUGUUGAGGAGAUCGAGGAAGAAAAAACUGAUGAAUAGGAUAAUCAAACUCAUACUUCAGCUAAGAUAAAAAAAAAUUUUACUCUCAAUAACAUCUUGUCUUCAUUAAUUCAACCAGAAGAGAAUGAGAAAUUCAAAAAUAUCAAAAAUCAAUAUUCUUUAUUCCUUAUUUCCAAAAAGAACAAAUUUAGAAAGUUAUGCUUCUCAAUUACUGAAAACCGAUUCUUUUAGUCAUUAAUGAUUCUAAUAUUGUGGGGCAGCUUAAUAAACUUAAUAGUGAUUACCUAUACUGAUUAAUAUCGACAUGAAGAGUGGGGUAUUUGCGAAAUAAUUAAGUUGAUCUGUAAUUUAAUCAUCCUCAUUGAUGGCAUCUUGUAAAUUAUAACAUAUGGUUUACUAUCAGAGGAUGGUUAUUUCAACAGCAUAUGGGUAUUUAUCGACUUUGUUUACAUAAUCUGUUAUUUUUUGCACAUAGCCACUCAACAUGAAGCCCUGGAAUGGAUGCUCUUUUUAGGUUAUUUGCGACCAUUAAAAGUCACAUCAACAUACGGUUUCUUUAUAAAUGAGCGAGGAGCUAUCAUGAAAUCAUUGGGAGAUAUUAUUUCAAUAUUUUAUGUAGUGUUAUUAUUUUGGUUCAUAUUUGCAAUUUUCGGUAUGACAAUUUAUAGAGGGAAGAUGGGUUAUUGUGGUGAGGCUACAAAUUACGGAGUUAGCAAAGAAGAAUGUGAAGAGGAGAAGGAGGAAUGGAUUGUUUACUAAUAUAAUUUUGACAAUAUUUUGGAGGCCAUGAAAUCGUUGUAUGUGUUAUCUACUUUUGAUCUUUGGGCUUAGACUUUAUUCAUUUGUAUCAAUAGUGCUCCUGAAACUACGGGGCCAAUAAGAUUCAAUAAUGAAUGGAUUUCUUAUUUAUUCUUUUUUUCAUUUACUUUUGUAGGGACACUAUUUUUCCUUUAGUUCUUUGCUGGAGUUAUAUUCGUAAAUUUCCAAUAGAACAAAUCACAAUUGCUUAAUCCAGACUUAACCUUAGAUUAGGAGUUAUUUCUGAAAUUAUCUGAUAUAAUCAUGCAAGACACACCAAAUUAUUCUAAACCUCCAAAGAAAGGGAUAAGAUUGGGAGCAAAGAAAUUGUUAAGCAAUUCCUAUUAUAUUUUUGUAACCAAAUACAGUUUGUUAAUAAACUUAUUCAUUCUAAUGUUAUUAUACGAAUCUGCAAGCAACCACUAUCUCAAUAUUCUGAAUGGAUUCCAACACUUUUUUAGUCUCAUCCUAACAAUAGAUUGUGUAGUCAAGUUGUUCUCAUUAAACAUUAAAAGAUAUUUUGACGAUGUUUGGAGAUAGAUGCAACUGAUAUUUGUGAUAUGUGCAAUAAUAGACUUCUUUUUGGAUAUCCAACACAGCAUAUUUAUCAGAUAUGUGAGAGCAAGCAGAGAUGACCCUUAUUUUGUGUGGCUGAGAUUAUUUAUACUUCAUAGAUGUUUACGAAUGGCUCUGAUCAUUCAGCAAUUCACAAGGAUAAGGAAGUUAUUGAAUGUGAUCUAUUUUAAUAAGAUGGCUUUGUUAAGGAUCUUGGGUCUGUUUGUAACAGUACUAUCGUGUUACUCUUAUAUUGGUUGUGAAUUAUUUUCAGAUAUCGAAACAGGUUUUAUGAUGAAUGAUCAACAGAACUUCACCAAUUUUUUCUAUGGGUUGAUAGUAACAUUCAAAUGCACUAUAGAAAAUGGAUGGAGAUUUAUUUAUUAGGAUUCGUAAGAGUAUAUGAAAGAGCACCAUCAGCCUUGGAUCUUGGCUCAAAUUUAUUAUUAUAGUUUGAUCUUUGUGGGAGCAAGAGUCUUACUUAAUUUAAUAGUUUGUGAACUGGUUUAAGAAUUUGAAAAGUUCUAUGACACCAGUAGUAGUUGUGUGGAAACCUAUGUUGAAACCAUCGACACCUUUAGAAAUUUGUGGUGCAAAUACUCUGAAGAAUUCUAAGGAACAAAAAUACAAACCAAAUAUUUGGCUCAUUUUCUACUUGAACUAGGAGAACCAUUGGGAGCACGGAGAGGAGAUAAUAUAUGGGAUGCUGCCAAACAUGCAUCUGAGUUUGAAUUGAAGAAGGAUUUUGAUGGAUGUCUUACUUUUAGGAAUCUUCUUUAUGAAGUCUUUAAAGCAGCGUUCAAGGAAAGCAUAUUCAAAAUAAGUACAAAGGCUGGCAAAAAAAUAAUGAAGGACAACGACAAAAAGGUUAAGUAUCGACUCUACAAUCAAAGAAAUCCUCAUUACAGAAGAGAAGUUGUCAGUUAGAUUGUGGAUUUGCAAAGCAACUUUAAUAUCCUUCAAGAGUAUCUAUACUUAUACAUGACAAUCAAAGCCUGGAAGGCUUUUUCAGAGCAUUUCCUUAAGGCAGCAGAGUAAAUUAGAAAUACAAUUGAAUGUACAGAAAGUGAUGUUGAUGUGGAAAUCGAGAAAUUCAAUAAGGAUUACAAUACAAAUGGGAAAGGGCGCAUUUAUAAUUAAGAUGCUGAUGACGAUAGUGGAGAAGAGGAGGAAGCUAUGUAAUUCAAUCCUGUCAGAAGAUAAAAGAAAAGAAGACCUACUGCGGAACAUUUGAGGAGACCCACCGAUGUCUACAUUUUACCCUAUUAUGACGAAUUGAGAGGAAUAGACAAAAGAGCAUUUGAUGCUGAUGGCAACAUUGACAACUCCAAAUACAUACUUAAACCAACCGAUUAAAAACAAUAAAACAAAUUAAAAUCUAUUACUGUAAUCAAGAAGAAGGAAUAAUUAAUUAAAUAUAAUGAUUAUAACAAAAGAAGAGACGCAAUAGACAAAUAAAUUUAAUCAAGAAAUAAGUACUUAUAUGGGUAUCAUGAUAAAAUGGUUCUAAGAUAAAUUGUUGAUGAUAAACAAGUCAUGUCACGUUUGGAUCCUAUGAAAGUGCCAAGCAAUUACAACAUCAUGAAAAUUGGUUCAAGGCUAAAAUGA